AUGGCGCCCGCUGCGCAGAGGAGACGCGCCGCGCACGCCGCCAGGGACUCUCUAAAUGUGUUGCUCAUCGUGUGUUUGCUUCUGAAGACUUGCGAAUUAAAAUCAGCAAAUACAUCUAAACCAAAUAUUCUGCUGAUAAUGGCAGACGAUCUGGGCAUUGGGGAUCUCGGUUGCUAUGGAAACGACACACUAAGGACACCGAACAUCGACCUGCUUGCGGAGGAAGGCGUGAGGCUCACCCAGCACCUGGCGGCCGCCCCCCUCUGCACCCCGAGCAGGGCCGCCUUCCUCACGGGGAGACACGCCUUCAGAUCAGGCAUGGACGCCACGGACGGCUACCGGGCCUUAAUGUGGAACGCGGGCUCGGGGGGACUCCCGCAGAAUGAAACCACGUUUGCAGAGAUUCUUCAGUGGCAGGGGUACACCACGGGCCUCAUCGGAAAAUGGCAUCAGGGUGUAAACUGUGCCUCGCGCACCGACCACUGCCAUCACCCUCUGCACCAUGGCUUUGACUAUUUCUACGGCAUGCCCUUCACACUGGUCAACGACUGCCACCCAGACAGGCCCCCGGAAGUGGAUGCGGGCUUGAGGGCCAGGCUGUGGCUUUACACCCAGAUCAUGGCCCUGGGCGUGUUGACCAUCGUGGCCGGCAAAGCCUGCAGGCUGAUCUCCGUUUCCUGGAAACUAGUCUUGAGUGUGGCCACUCUGGUCCUGCUGUUUUUCACGUCCUGGUACGCCAGCUUUGGCUUCGUCCGCCGCUGGAACUGCAUCCUGAUGAGAGACCACGAAGUCACGGAGCAGCCCAUGGUUUUGGAAAGAGCCGCGAGCCUCGUGCUCAAGGAAGCCGUUUCCUUUAUUGCAAGAAAUAAGCAUAGUCCAUUCCUGCUCUUCGUGUCUCUGCUGCAUGUCCAUAUCCCCCUGGUGACCACAGAAAGGUUCCUUGGGAAAAGUCAGCACGGCUUGUAUGGCGACAACGUGGAGGAGAUGGACUGGCUCGUGGGGGAGAUUCUGAAUGCCGUUGAAGAACACGGUCUGAAAAACACGACUCUCACGUACUUCACCUCUGAUCACGGGGGACACUUAGAGGCAAGAGACGGACAUGUCCAGCUGGGCGGGUGGAACGGAAUAUACAGAGGUGGCAAAGGCAUGGCCGGCUGGGAAGGCGGGAUUCGGGUCCCUGGGAUAUUCCGGUGGCCCGGCGUCCUGCCGGCCGGCCGCGUGGUCCAUGAGCCCACCAGCCUGAUGGAUGUCUUCCCCACCGUGGUGCAUCUGGCGGGCGGCCAGGUGCCCCAGGACAGGGUGAUUGACGGCCGGAGCCUGCUGCCCCUGCUGCGGGGAGAUGCUGAGCACUCGGCACACGAGUUCCUGUUUCAUUACUGCGGGCAGUAUCUCCACGCCGCCCGCUGGCACGAGAAGGACAGCGGAAGGCUCUGGAAGGUCCAUUACACCACGCCCCGCUUCCACCCCGAGGGCGCGGGGGCCUGCCACGGCCGCGGCGUGUGCCCCUGCUCGGGGGCCGGCGUGACCCACCACGACCCGCCCCUGCUCUUCGACCUGUCCAGGGACCCGUCCGAGGCCCGGCCCCUGUCCCCCGACGCCGGGCCCCUGUACCGCGAGGCGGUGGCCCGCGUGGGCCGGGCGGUCCGGGAGCACCGCGGGUCCGGGAGCCCGGCGCCUGCGCAGUUCUCCUUCCACCACGUGGCCUGGAAGCCGUGGCUGCAGCCCUGCUGCGGGGCCUUCCCGUUCUGCGCGUGCUCCCGGGACGCAGACCCUGGGGAGACCUGA